AUGAUAGUCGUGCCCCCAUCAUCGAACCGAGCUAGUGUGUUCUCUAUGUGUUUCCCCGAGGAGGUCCCUGACUAUGACCUACCUAUGGAUUUGGGAGAUGGCACUGACGAGAUGGACAUGAUCGGCAUAGGCCGUAUCUUCGAUGCAGCCCCACGCGGGCCCUAUACUGCUUUUGAUAUGUUCGGAGUUUCUGUACUCGAGAUUGAUGGGGAUGACUUUAUUCCUGAUGCCUACACUGAUGAUAUGGAUUUUAUAGGCAUUGGUCGUAUCCUUGAUGCAGCCCCACGUGGGCCCCAUUAUGCUUUUGACAUAUCUGGAGUUUCCGUACUUGAUGAUGAGUCAGUCUUUGAUGUCGUUACUUCUGAUUUUACUUCUGUUGAGGGAGCGUCCGACUUUGUGGACCCACCUCUUUCUUCUGACACUAUGUCUGGGUUUGUCACCCGCUUUGAUGAUAUUUCUGAUGGUAAUAAUGAUAUGAGUAUUUUCGAGUACUUGACUGUGUCACAACAUCUUCCUUUGAUUGCACCACCAGCACCCACGACACAUAUAUAUGAUGUUGAUGAUAUGGGAGAUACGGAUGACCCACUGGGUGGUCAGUCAGAGUUUGAUUCGGACACAGAGGAUGAGAAAGUCACACCCAUUUCUGGUAGCACAGAGUUGAUAUAUUUUUGGGCACCAGAUCAGCUCAGGAAGAUCAGGAUUGGCUCUUCUCUAUCUCCUGAUGAGAGGAGUAGGUUGAUUGACCUGCUCAGGUCAUACCUGGAUGUAUUUGCAUGGUCAUAUGAGGACAUGCCGGGCCUUGACCCCUCCAUAGUGCAGCAUCACCUGCCCAUUUUACCACAUGCUAGGCCCAUUAAGCAGAAAUUGAGAAGACUACACCCUCGAUGGAGUUUGCAGGUUAAGGAAGAAAUUCGGAAGCAACUCAGUGUUGGUUUCUUGUCAGUGGUUGAGUAUCCUGAGUGGCUAGCUAAUGUUGUCCCUGUUCCCAAAAAGGACGGCAAGGUUAGGGUUUGUGUUGACUUUCGAGAUCUGAAUAAGGCCAGCCCUAAGGAUGAUUUUCCCCUCCCACACAUUGAUAUGCUGGUUGAUAGCACUGCAGGGCAUCCGAUGUUGUCCUUCAUGGAUGGCUUUUCUGGGUAUAAUCAGAUUCUAAUGGCUCUAGAGGAUAUGGAAAAGACUUCUUUCAUUACUGACUGGGGUACUUACUGCUACCGGAGGAUCAGACAGUUCAGGUUGAGAUUGAAUCCCAAGAAGUGCACCUUUGGGGUGACUUCUGGAAAAUUGCUGGGACACAUUGUUAGUGAGAGAGGUAUAGAGGUUGAUCCAGAGAAAAUCAGAGCCAUACUUGACAUGCCUGCCCCGAGGACUGAGAAAGAGAUCAGGGGAUUCCUAGGCAGAUUGCAGUACAUCAGUCGUUUCAUUGCUAGAUUGACAGACAUUUGUGAGCCUAUCUUCCGCCUUCUGAGGAAGAAUCAGCCUACAGUUUGGAAUGAUGAUUGUCAGCGCGCUUUUGAGAGGAUUAAGGAGUGUCUCCUUUCUCCUCCGAUUUUAGUGCCUCCCACACCGGGGCGUCCUUUGCUUCUGUACUUAUCAGUUUCAGACAUGGCCUUAGGAUGCAUGUUAGCUCAGCUUGAUGAUUUGGGGAAGGAGCGUGCCAUCUAUUAUUUGAGUAAGAGGAUGCUUGAGUAUGAGUGCACAUACAUUAUGAUUGAGCGCCUUUGCUUGGCAUUGGUUUGGGCCACUAGGAGACUUAGACAUUACAUGACAGAGUAUUCUGUGCUCUUGGUCUCACGAUUGGACCCGUUGAGGUAUCUAUUUGACAGGCCUGUUCUGACCGGUAGGCUCAUGAGAUGGCUGGUAUUGUUGACAGAGUUUGAUAUUCAUUAUGUCACACAGAAGUCAGUAAAAGGAAGCAUUGUUGCAGAUCAUCUAACUCCUUUGCCAAUAUCCGAUGACAGAUCAGUUGAUAAUGAUUUCCCUGAUGAGCAGAUCAUUUCGAUGACUAGUAUUACGGGAUGGCGGUUGUACUUUGAUGGUGCUGCCAAUCAGUCGGGGUUUGGCAUUGGUAUCUUGUUGAUAUCACCACAAGGUGAUCAUAUACCUAGAUCAGUCCUGUUAGCAUUUUCUGAUCAUCACCGAUUGAUGAAUAAUAUUGUAGAGUAUGAGGCUUGCAUUACAUAUUUGGAGACUGCACUUGAUCUUGGCAUUAGACAGUAUAUACAUCUGCCCAGGGCGGAGAAUCAGUUUGCCGAUGCAUUAGCCACCUUGGCUUCUCUGAUUGUGAUCCCUGCGGGGGUGAAUGUUAGGCCAUUACUGAUUGAGACUAAGUCUGCACCAGCUUACUAUUGUCUGAUUGGAGAGAUAGAGGAUCAGAUUGAGCUGCCAUGGUAUCACGAUAUUUAUCAAUUUCUGUCAUGCAGCGCUUACCCAGAGUCAGCCUCGGCCAAGGAUAGGAGAGCAUUGAGACAGUUGGCCACCAGAUUUGUUGUUUGCGGGGAUGCGCUGUAUAGGAGAUCACCUGAUGGCUUGUUAUUAUUAUGUCUAGACCGUGCAUCUGUAGAUCGAGUGAUGAGAGAAGUUCAUGCAGGGGUUUGUGGCCCACACAUGGGAGGUCAUAUGCUAGCACUAUGGGGUAUUGAUAUUAUUGGGAAGAUCUCGCCUAAGUCUUCUAGCGGGCAUGAGUACAUUUUGGUUGCCAUUGACUAUUUCACCAAGUGGGUGGAAGCUGCUUCUUAUGCUAUGUUGACAGCGGCCAGAGUGGCCAAGUUCAUCAGAUCGCAUAUUAUCUGCCGAUACGGGGUCCCUCAUGAGCUGAUCUCAGACAAAGGGGUGCAUUUUAAGGGCGAGGUGGACAUGUUGAUUCAAGAGUAUGGCAUUCAGCAUCACAGAUCGUCUGCGUACAGGUCGCAGACUAACGGGGCAGUUGAGGCCGCAGUGUUACCUGUUGAGAUUGAGAUGGGAUCUUUGAGAGUAGCACUAGAGCAACAUAUAUCCGAGGCCGAGUGGGCCCAGUCUCGUUAUGAUCAGCUUAGCCUGUUGGAUGAGAAGAGAUUGACGGCGGUAGAUCAUGUUCAGGCCUAUCAGAGGAAGAUGACCCGUGCAUUCAGAAAGAGGGUCAAGCCUAGGAAAUUCCAGAGAGGUGACCUAGUCUUAAAAUUCCUUAGGGGAUUGAUCAGUGACCCUAGAGGCAAGUUUAGACCGAGUUGGAGCGGGCCUUAUGUCAUCCGAGAUCUGACUCGAGAGGGAGCUGCCUGGUUGACAGACCUAGACGGAAAUCAGUUCAUAGAGCCAGUUAAUGUGGAUCAGCUGAAGAAGUUUUAUGCAUGA